UUAAAUAAAAAAUGGUGUAGGUUUUUUAAUAGUAGAUUAUAUUCAUAAAUGACACCGACUUAUAUACUUAUACGUCAAAAUAUUGGCAGAUAACCAUUACAAUUAACAAGUCCCAGUUUUUAAUAAAAAUUAAGGAAAGUUCUGGUGCCUGCGACACAUUUUAUAGAUUUAUCAAGUCAUUUUAUCUGUGAUUAUAAUCAGUAACCAAAAUGAACGUAAUCGCGGCUGUUAAAGCGUAUGUUACAAAAAUGACUGAGGAGAGUGAACCUGGUAUGAAAAUUCUCUUGAUGGAUAAAGAGACCACCAGUGUCAUUAGUAUGGUAUACGGGCAGUCCGAAAUUCAACAAAAAGAAGUGUUUCUACUGGAGAGAUUAGAUUCAGCUAACCAGAGUAAUUCAAUGGGUUUGCGAUACCUCAAGUGUUUGGUGUUUUUACGUCCAACUCAAGAAAACAUAGAGUUGUUGUGUAACGAAUUACGAUAUCCGAAAUAUGGGGCCUACUAUAUUUAUUUCAGUAAUAUUAUCGCUAAAGCAGAUAUUAAGGUUUUGGCAGAACAUGACGAACAAGAAGUUGUUAAAGAAGUGCAAGAGUUGUACAUGGAUUAUUUGGCAGUGAAUCCGCAUCUGUUUUCUAUAGGUUUGUCCACUUGUAUGAAUAGUCUUUCCUGGGAUUUGACGGCAUUGCAGAGGACAGUUCAGGGUAUUAUUGCUGUUUUGUUGUCUCUGAAGAAAAGCCCGGCUAUUAGGUAUCAAGCUAAUUCUAAACUUUGUAAGGAUUUGGGGACAAGAAUUGAUGAAGUUAUGAGUAAAGAAUCGUCGCUGUUUGCGUUUGGACAAAACAGUCAACCUUUAUUGCUUAUUUUGGAUAGGAGAGAUGACCCAAUGACGCCUUUAUUAAACCAAUGGACUUAUCAAGCUAUGGUUCAUGAGUUAUUGACCAUAAACAACAACCGAGUGAACUUAUCCAAUGUACAAGGAGUUAGUAAAGAAUUAUCAGAAGUCGUGUUAUCAGCAGAACAGGACCCAUUUUACGCCAAAAAUAUUUUCCUAAAUUAUGGAGAAAUAGGACAGAAUAUAAAACAAUUGAUGGAUCAAUUUCAAGUCAAAGCUAAGAGUCAUCAAAAAAUCGAGAGCAUCGCGGACAUGAAAAAUUUCGUUGAAGCAUAUCCACAAUUUAAAAAACUUUCAGGGAAUCUCACCAAACAUGUAACUGUAGUUGGUGAAUUGAGUUCAAUGGUGAAUAAAUACCAACUGCUUGAUAUUUCCGAAGUGGAGCAAGAAAUUUCGUCGCAGAAUGACCACUCCUCCCAUUUGCAAAAUAUAAAGAAACUGAUCAAUAAUGACAAAGUUAGGAACACAGAUUUGGCGAAGUUGGUCAUGUUGUAUGCCCUGCGUUAUCAAAAUCAUAGUAAUAACGAUGUAGUUGGAUUGAUUGAGUUGUUGAAAAAGAGAGGAGUGGCGGAACGCCUUAUUAGAAACAUUGUCAACAUAUUGGAAUAUGCGGGUUCACAUGCUAGACAAAGCGAUUUUCUCAAUGUGGAAAAUGCCUUACAGAGUACUAAAAGGUUUUUCAAGGGCUUGAGUGGAGUUGAUAAUGUAUAUACACAACAUAAGCCCUUGAUUCAUGAAACGUUGGAAGAACUGGCGAAAGGGCGCCUGAAAGAUAGCUUGUAUCCAUAUGUUGGUAAUCAUUUCCUGAGUGGAAGGCCACAAGACGUGAUAAUUUUUAUUGUUGGAGGGGCCACAUAUGAAGAAUCUUUGACUGUACAUUCCUUUAAUAAGAGUAAUCCCAGUUUUAAUAUUGUGCUUGGUGGUACAACUGUACACAAUUCCACUAGUUUUCUAGCUGAAGUAGAACAAGCCACCAGGAAUGUGACCAGAAGGCACACUAGAAAUAUUCGAAACGUGCGAUUUGAUUAAGAUAAAAUGUUUAAUUUUUAUAUAUUACAAUGUUAUAUUUUUUAUUUAUUUGUGUAUAGAUAUAUCAGUUGAAUAAAUGUUAUAUUGAGAAUAUAAAUUAUGCUGCAAGUGA